UCCACGAAAACAUCCGAUUGAUGAAGUACUCGCAGACCGUGAGUCAUGCCUGAAACCACUGUCAAAGCGCCCAAGAAGGGCUCAAAGAAAGCCGUGUCCAAGAGCGUCAGCAAGACCGGCAGGAAGAAGAGGAGACCCAGGAAAGAGAGCUACGCCAUCUACGUGUACAAGGUGCUGAAGCAGGUCCACCCCGAUACCGGCAUCUCGUCCAAGGCCAUGGGCAUCAUGAACUCGUUUGUGAGCGACAUCUUUGAGCGCAUCGCCGGUGAGGCCUCCCGUCUGGCUCACUACAACAAGCGCUCCACCAUCACUUCCAGGGAGAUCCAGACCGCCGUCCGCCUGCUGCUGCCCGGUGAGCUGGCCAAGCACGCCGUGUCUGAGGGCACCAAGGCCGUCACCAAAUACACCAGCUCCAAGUAGACAGCUCUGCUGAGAAAUAACCAUCGACACAAAGGCUCUUCUAAGAGCCACCCACUUUAUCUAAAGAGUUCUUCCUGUUGUCUUUGAAAUUUCAGUCAUGAAAAUUACAGUUAAGUGUUGACAACAUUUCUAACCAAAUAUGUUGUGUACCACAUAAUUUUAUAGUUAGCAUGUUUUUAUAAUCAUUGCUAAUAGUAAAACAUGUUUAUUUCUGAAAAACAUGCCCUGAUGAAGGCCAGUGAGCAUGGCCGAAACAUGUUGGUGAUUUUAAUGUUCAUCAUGAACUAGCCAUUUAAUAAAGGCCUUUUAACUUUUGCA